AUGGGACAACAGAAUCUGAUCUACAGCUUCGUCGCUCGUGGAACGGUGAUUCUCGCCGAGUAUACCGAGUUUAAAGGGAAUUUUACUGCCGUCGCUGCACAGUGCCUCCAGAAGCUUCCUUCUUCGAAUAACAAGUUUACCUACAAUUGCGACGGCCACACCUUCAAUUACCUCGUCGAAAAUGGCUUCACGUAUUGUGUUGUUGCUGUUGAGUCUGUUGGGAGGCAGAUUCCAAUGGCCUUCUUGGAGAGAGUAAAAGAGGAUUUCAACAAGAGAUACGGUGGAGGAAAGGCUACCACUGCUCAACCCAAGAGCUUGAACAAAGAGUUUGGGUCUAAACUGAAGGAGCACAUGCAAUACUGUGUGGAUCAUCCUGAGGAGAUUAGCAAACUUGCCAAGGUUAAGGCUCAAGUUACCGAGGUGAAAGGCGUUAUGAUGGAGAACAUUGAGAAGGUUCUUGACCGCGGUGAGAAAAUCGAGCUACUGGUGGACAAAACCGAGAACCUUCGUUCACAGGCACAAGAUUUCAGAACACAAGGAACGAAGAUGAGAAGAAAGAUGUGGUUUGAGAACAUGAAGAUUAAGCUAAUAGUCGCCGGCAUCAUCGUCGCCUUGAUUCUUAUCAUCAUCCUCUCGGUUUGCGGGGGAUUCAAGUGUACUUAA